UCUCAGAACGAAGGCGGCGGCGGCGGAGCGAGGGCCCGCGGGAGAGCGGCGGCGGAGGAGGAGCGGAGGUCCCCGGCGAGGGUGAUGGGGCGUGCGGCCCGCGGGCUUCCCCCUCGCCCCCUUCGUCGCCAUGAUGUUGUUGAGCCGGAAGCCGGAGGGGCCCCUCGCCGCAGGUUUGGAGAUGGCUUGUAUGAUUCCUACAUGAGAAUAGAUCAGAUUAGAUAUUCAGAUCCUACAAAUGAAGAAUGCACUCCUUCUGGACUUCCUUCACUGGGGAGAGCUAAUGUAGCUACUAACAUAAUCACAAUGAAGGAUCAUCCUUUGACUGGAAGCCAAGUCAAAGUUGAACAGUUAUUUGAAGACUCUGGUAACAGAAGGAGUAGUACUCUUCAGUCCUCUGGCAUAAAUGGCUCCGAAAGGUCUUUUCCAAGUCCAGCGAAAGAUAAAAGUAUUGACAGUAUAACUGUAUCCAAAAACAGUGGCAGUUCAACAAAAGCACAUAAAACUGGUAGUCAGUCUCCAGAUCAAGCCCUGAAGCAACACAAACAGCAGUUAACAGUCUAUGAGCAACAAGAAAUACUUAACUUCCCGGAAAUUUAUUUUGUGGGUCCAAAUGCAAAGAAAAGGCAAGGAGUCAUUGGUGGUCCAAACAAUGGGGGAUAUGAUGACGAACAAGGCAGCUACAUCCACGUGCCUCAUGACCAUCUUGCCUACCGAUAUGAAGUACUUAAAAUAAUUGGAAAAGGCAGUUUUGGCCAAGUAGCUAAAGUUUUUGACCAUAAACACCACCAGCAUUUGGCCUUGAAGAUGGUAAGAAAUGAAAAGAGGUUUCACAGGCAAGCAGCAGAAGAAAUACGGAUUUUGGAGCAUCUCAAAAAACAAGAUAAGAUGGGUAGCAUGAAUGUCAUUCACAUGCUAGAGAGUUUUACCUUUCGAAAUCACAUAUGUAUGACCUUUGAACUCUUGAGCAUGAAUCUAUAUGAACUGAUCAAAAGAAAUAAGUUUCAAGGCUUCAGUUUACAGCUUGUACGCAAAUUUGCCCAUUCUAUAUUGCAAUGUCUAGAGGGUCUUUGUAAAAACAAAAUCAUACAUUGUGACUUGAAACCUGAAAAUAUUCUUCUAAAACAGCAAGGACGAAGUGGCAUCAAAGUAAUUGAUUUUGGAUCCAGCUGUUUUGAGCACCAAAGAGUCUAUACUUAUAUACAGUCUCGAUUCUACAGAGCCCCAGAAGUCAUUCUGGGAAGUCGCUAUGGGAUGCCCAUAGACAUGUGGAGUUUUGGUUGCAUUCUUGUGGAACUGUUGACUGGUUACCCACUCUUUCCAGGAGAGGACGAGGGGGAUCAGCUAGCUUGUAUGAUGGAGCUACUUGGGAUGCCUCCUCAGAAACUUCUGGACCAGUCCAAGCGAGCCAAAAACUUCAUUAAUUCUAAAGGUCAUCCUCGCUAUUGCACUCUGACCACACAGCCAGAUGGGAAGGUGACUCUUAAUGGCAGCAGAUCGCGUAGGGGUAAAAUGCGAAGUGCUCCGGGUAACAAGGACUGGGUUACAGCUCUGAAAGGCUGCGAUGACCCCUUGUUUAUAGAGUUCUUAAAAGAAUGUCUUAAUUGGGAUCCUUCUGCACGAAUGACUCCGAGCCAAGCUUUAAGACAUCCUUGGAUUUGUAAACGAGUACCUAAGCCACCCAGCACAGAUAAAACAUCAGGCAAGCGGAUUGCUCAUUAUACAAGCUCUUUCCCAGGGCUAGGUUCCAGAUUGCCCCCAGUAAUUGGGGUAGCCAACAAACUGCGAGCUAAUCUAAUGUCCGACACAAAUGCCAAUAUACCUCUAUGUACUGUCCUACCCAAAUUGGUCAGCUAAUAGAGAAUUACAUAUUCCCAGAAUACAUAUGCUGUGUUUUUAAUUAUCUCCAUUAAAUAAAAAAGAAGAUGAAAUGCAAAGGGUGGGGGGUGGGGGCGGAGGACUGAAAAUAAUUUUUAUUGAACAGUAUAUCUUGUAUAAAAAACUGAAUCAGAAAUAAGCAUUUUAAGGGCUAUGAUUGUUUUAUCAAGUCAUUUCAGCUGGAAUGUAGUGCUUGUUACAUCACUUCUGGUAGGUCAGCACAUUUGUUUUGUUCAAAGAGGUUAUGCACUGUGUAACAGAUGGAUUUUAUAGCACCGUUGUAAUAAAACUCAAAAACCA